CCUCCUUCUUUUUCGUCGCUCGUAUAAAGCCGCUGGACUGCACAGGGGGAGAAAACCCGGAGGAGAAGCAUUGUUUUCCUUUUUUUUUUGACAGGAUGAACAACAGUUUCUUAAACAUGGCGUCGAUAGGCGACUUCGACCCGCUCAACGCGUCUAUCCCUGCCACCAAAGUUGAAAUCACGGUGUCCUGCAGGAACCUGCUGGACAGGGACACCUUCUCCAAAUCAGACCCAAUUUGUGUUCUCUACGCACAAGGCAUGGGCAACAAGGAGUGGAGAGAGUUUGGAAGAACAGAGGUGAUUGACAAUACGCUAAACCCAGACUUUGUGCGGAAAUUCAUUUUGGACUACUUCUUUGAAGAGCGGCAGAACCUCCGAUUUGACUUGUACGAUGUUGACUCCAAGAGCGCCAACCUGUCAAAACACGAUUUCCUGGGCCAGGCCUACUGUACUCUCGGAGAGGUGGUUGGUUCGUUGGGCAGUCGCUUGGAGAAAGCUCUGGGAGGGAUCCCUGGGAAGAAAUGCGGGACCAUUAUUGUGAAAGCAGAGGAGCUGAACAACUGCAGGGAAUCGGUGAUGAUGCAGUUCUGUGGGAACAAGUUGGACAAAAAGGAUUUCUUUGGCAAAUCUGACCCUUUCCUGGUCUUCUACCGGAGCAACGAGGACGGCACGUUUACCAUCUGCCAUAAGACUGAGGUGGUGAAGAACACGUUGAACCCUGUGUGGCAGGCCUUUAAGAUCCCCGUUCGGGCUCUUUGCAACGGUGAUUAUGACAGAACCAUAAAGGUUGAGGUGUAUGACUGGGACAGAGAUGGCAGUCAUGACUUUAUCGGAGAGUUCAGCACCAGCUAUAGAGAACUGUCCAGAGGGCAGAGCCAGUUCAAUGUCUAUGAGGUGGUUAAUCCAAAGAAGAAAGGAAAGAAGAAAAAAUACCUGAACUCUGGAACGGUGACACUACUGUCUUUCCUGGUGGACAUUGAAGUCACCUUCCUUGACUACAUCAAAGGAGGGACCCAGAUUAACUUCACCGUGGCCAUUGAUUUCACAGCUUCCAAUGGUAACCCAGCCCAGCCCACCUCACUCCACUACAUGAGUCCCUACCAGCUGAACGCCUAUGCCAUGGCCCUGAAGGCAGUUGGGGAGAUCAUCCAGGACUACGACAGCGACAAAAUGUUUCCUGCGCUGGGCUUCGGAGCCAAGUUACCGCCUGACGGACGAGUCUCCCACGAGUUUGCUUUGAAUGGGAAUCCUCAGAACCCGUACUGUGCAGGUAUCGAAGGUGUGAUGGAAGCCUACUAUCAGAGUCUGAAGUCAGUUCAGCUCUACGGCCCCACCAACUUCUCCCCUGUCAUCAACCACGUGGCCAGGUAUGCAGCUUCAGUGAAAGAUGGCUCCCAGUACUUUGUGCUCCUCAUCAUCACUGAUGGCGUCAUCUCAGACAUGGCCCAGACCAAAGAGUCUAUUGUUAACGCAGCAUGUCUGCCAAUGUCAAUCAUCAUUGUGGGGGUCGGACCUGCGGAAUUUGAUGCCAUGAUUGAGUUGGACGGAGAUGAAGUCAGAAUUUCAUCCAGAGGACGAUAUGCUGAGAGAGACAUCGUUCAGUUUGUCCCGUUCAGGGACUACAUCGACCGGACGGGGAACCACAUCCUGAGCAUGGCCCGGCUCGCCAAAGACGUCUUGGCCGAGAUCCCCGACCAGUUCCUCUCCUACAUGAGGACCCGUGGGAUCAAGCCGUCACCGGCACCACCUCCCUAUACACCGCCGGGCCAACCACUCCAAACCCAGAUUUGAGGGUGGAGAAGUUUGUUUUUUUGGAGCCAGGGGUUUAACUUAACUGACUUAACGCUCGAUAUACUUCCAUUUCCUUAAAGCCGCUCUCCAUGCCUUGACGUCGUGGGUCACGCUGAUCUUUCAUGUGUUCGGGAAGCUGCAUAUCGAGCCAAGAGAGUGAUGCUUUUGAGUACAGGAAAAGCCAAUGAGAGUCUGUUUACUUCCACCACUGUCAAGCAUUCCUGUUAUUGUCUGGAUUUUUUACUUUUUUUCUUGACUGGGAAAUUUGGUCAGGCUUUGGGAGUUUGUAAAGUUUGGAUUCAAGGAGGGAAUCAAUUUCCGUCUGCCUGGAUCCACCUGGUGAAGUGAGGAAGCGAGGAAGAAAGGGAAUGAAGGAGCGGCCUUUAGAAACACUGUAGAGAGAAUGUCUCCAGACAAAACAAAGGAAUCACUUGAUCUUAACUGAUCCUGUAAAUAACUGGACAUCUCUCUCUCUCUCUCUCUCUCUCUCUCUCUCUCUCUCUCUCUCUCUCUCUCUCUCUCUCAGAUAACUCACUGUUUACAGUAAAUGCAGACAAGGAUUUUUACUGUUGAUACUUUUAUAUUCACAUUGUUUCAGUACGAAGCUUGCUAUUCUCUCUAAUACUCUCCAAUGUAAUUCUCUCUCUCUCUCUCUCUCUCUCUCUCUCUCUCUCUCUCUCUCUCUCUCUCUCUCUCUCUCUCUCUCUCUCCUGGCGUGUGUGUCAGGUAGCAGCAGUGCAGGUCCUGGUAGCCCUUCUGUACCGUACCGUACCGUGCUGUACCGUACUGUACUGUAUUCUCGUGUUUGUAUUAACCUUUUGCAUGGGUGUAGCCUCAGUCAAGUGCAUGCAUUUAGUGACCCUGCACUACCUCUUCUUCUACCCAUCUGUCCGACUGUCUGUACGUCUGUGGGGAGGGUGAGUGUCUGUCUCUCAGUUUGUCACUUCACCCUGUCUGUCUGCACUGCUCUCAGGCCUGUCUGUCUGUCUGUCUGUCGCCAUGUUACUUAUCUUCUUCCUGUCUAUCUGUCUCUCAAUCUUUCUUUCCUUUCUUUUAUGCCUUUGUCACUUUUACUUGCUGUAUUCCCAUGCAACAGUUUGAGAGGAGAUGAUACAUAAACCAUAUUUAUUUUUUGAUUGAUUGAUUACAGGUAAAGAUAUUUAUCAAUCCCAGUUUCCCAGAGAUGUGAUGACCCUGUGAUGAGGGUAUUUUAUGUAGCAUAUAUUGAUUGUUGAAUGGGAACACCGCAACUCUUUUUCUGUCUCUGUCUCUGUCUCUGUCGUUCAAACUGCCUUGGCAAUAGGAUGCCCACAUGCCCCAGGGGUUUCGUCUCAUCACGUCGUCUUAACACCCACAUCCCUGCCCCGUGUUUAAAACGACAGCAGCUGCUCUCAAAUGGGAAACUGUUUGAGCAAAAAGAGCCCAGUGGUCAAAAAUGCAAAGAAAAACACACUUUCCCUAUGUUUGCUUUUUUGUGCCAUUUUUUGGGAUGUGUAUUUUUUAAUUGCACCUUUGAUAUAGCUUUUUUACAUGUUUGUUUUUAUGAGGUGUACUUAUACGUGCCAAUCAUAUGUAAAAGGAUGAUUUGUGUAAUGUCACCGACAACGUCCCACAAGUUUAUAAUUUAACGAGUGAUCGUUUUUCUGUAUGGCGUCAAAUGAAGAAUGAGAUUAUAACAUAAGUGUGCUGAAGUGAUGAGUGAUCGUGAAUGUGUGUAUGAAUGAAUGGAAUAUUUAUCUUAAAACAACAUGAGAAGUCUUAACAAAAAGUAGUAAUGAAGGAACAUUUUAUCAUUAAUAUGUGAAUUACAGUGCAGCAAGUGACGGUAGCAUUGCAAAAUAGUAUUUUACUACGUACACUCACUUCAUGUUAUCAAAACUUAUUUGAUAAGCAUUUUGAAAAGUGAACUAAAUUCUUUGCAGGUGAUAUUUUACACCUUAAAGACAAGUAACAGCUCAUCAAACACUGUUGAUUAAUGAAUUUGUAAUACAUACACUGUGUAAUACAUAAACAACUAAUUUUAGUGCUAUUAAAUCAAAAUUUCAAAUUAGAAAUUAUGAUAUUAUAAUAUACAAAAUAAAAUGUAAUGCUAAAUUUUAUUUUGUAUGUAUUACUGAAAACGUUUUUGACAACUACAUCAUCCACUAACUAACCCAGACGUCUUAUAGAAGACGAGCUGCACCAACGUCUUAACGUGUCUAAUUUUUAUCAUAUUCAUUAUCCACAGACAAGAUUUCCCAGAUUUUUGGGUGGAAAACAAUAAUCUGCGUAUAGAACUUAUACGCAUUUUUUUCAAGGGUCACAUGCAUCUAUGUUGUGUCCUACAGUCAAAAAUGCACCUGUGAAAUUAUUGUUCUCAAGGUUUAUUAAUCACACAUCACAACAGCUGACGCAAAGUUUUUACUUUAUUUUCCAUGGUACACAAGAAACGUGAAACUGAUGAUACAUUAUGUAAAUCUUAAAUCUGCUUUUCAUCUCCAUCUUCCUUUCUUAACUUCUUACAACUUUUGUAGCUCCAGCCAUUAGUCAGCAAACUGAUAAAGUAAUGUCAGACGUAGCAAUAUCUAGGUAAAGCUAAUGAUCACAUCAGACUAUCAAAGCUUUUUUUCUUCGUGACAUGAUAAUUGGCUGCACAGAUUCAAUCCCAGGACUCACAAACAGCCUAAAUUUAAAAUCCUGCCGAGCUAUUUGAACGGCAAUCUACCUCCUAUUUCUAGCUACAUGUUCUUCAGUGAACACUUACUUAAUACUUCGGCUUUUAUUACAUUCUCAGUUCACUAAAUCCCUGCACAAGGCUUGUUGACAAGGACAGGACACAGUAUGAGAGCAGAAAAAAAGCCAUAAGUUCUUGAAUUUCAUUCCCAACUGAAUACUUAACUAUAAAAUCAUUAUGCAAUACUUAAGAUUGAAAUUUUGAUCCCACUGAUUUUGUAGAACAGAAAUUACAUAUUUUCCAAAGUAUGUACAUUUAUAUGUUUUGGAUUACCCUCUUAUAGGUAAUUUAAAGUUUAUAUGUUUUUAUUAUUUCUGGUGUUCACAAAUGAGAUAUAUUCAAAUACGUUUAUUCAAGUGACUUAAAUUCUAUUGGUGUAAAUUGAGUCGAAUCAAGCUGCUGAAAUUGGAUUGGAGAAAUUCAAACAGCAAAAUUUCAAAUGAAAAUUUUAAACCAAGGCUUACCAAUGGCAACCAGUCAAUCAUAUCAUUCAUAUGAUCCGAGGGACUAAAACCAAUUACUGAAAAUUGCAAAAAUAAGACAAUUGCACACCUUUAAAGAAGGUUCAUUUAAAUAUGGGUUCAAAAUGAAAACAUAUCGAAUGCUGUAAAAUUUGAGAUAUUGUACAUUUUUGACAUUUUUCAGUAUCAACAUUUAUUCAGUUGCGUAUCAAAUAAAGAUUGUAUUGGCCUUAUUUGCAGCCAAAUAUACACACGGACACAAAUUACUACUGUAGUAAUAAGUGUAUGUUUGUGGUGGUCUGCUUAGUGUCGACAAUUAUACGUAAUUAACUUUUUUUUAAAACGUUUUAUACACAUUUUGUUGUGCAACAAUUCACUAAGCUUACUAAGCCCAUGAAGAAGAGAGUGUGUGUAUGUGUGUGUCUGUUUUUUUAGAUACAAGUAUAAUUUGGACGCAUAUGCUUGUGUGCGAUUGUGUGUGUGUGUGUGUGUGUGUAUGUGCUUUAUAAGAGAGUUUUAAUAGACCAUGUGAAGUUACACAUCAGAUCUUUGUUUACUAAAGCUAUCCAAAUAACAUAUUGUAUGCUCGUCAUAUCUUCUUAACAACGUGCACUAUGUUUGCAUGGGCAGUUUUACAAAGGAUGCACCAGUUCCUUUUGUUAAAAACUGUGUGUUUUGAAAUGUAAAACUGUAUGAAAAUGACCUGUACAAAAUUGCCUUAAAUCUUUCACCAAUUUUUCUCGGAAUUGUGCGAUGCCUUCUUCAGAAAAAUGAAUUGUUUAAAGGAGUUGAUCGUUUAUCUAUUUUGUGUCAGUGUUUCUAUUGCUUUUUAGUGUAUUUCCUUUGCACAAGUAUGAGAAAAAAACUAUUUGUCUUGUACUUUUUUGAAAUGGUGAUUAAUCAGAGAAAGCAUGGCUGAAGUACUGAUUGUCUGAUAAUAUAUAUAUAUAUAAUAGAUGACUAUUUCUGUAUCAAACUAUGGAUUUUUCAAAUAUUAUUCAUAUUAAACACAACAAUUGCUGGACAUUU